AUGGGAGAUCUCGCAGCUGCAUUCGCCAAUGCGGAACUCACUCCAAGUGUGAUAGACAACCCACCAAAACAAAAGUUGAACCUCACCUGGGAUGGUAUCCAGGUCGAACCUGGAAUGACCAUGUCGACACGGAAUCUGAAAAAUGCCCCUCGUUUCCAUCUCCCUGGAGCAGACCCGGAGAGCACCUUCUCCCUAUUUGAUGAUCGCUGCCGCUUUUCAGAUCCCGACAAUCUAUCGAGGAAAAACCCAUCGGUCGCCGAAUGGCUACAUUGGCUAGUGUGUAAUAUCCCGGCAAGCAAUGUUCUCGAGGGUAUCAACGGAGGGCAACACCAAAUGCCGUAUGGAUCUCCUGCACCACAACCACGAACAGACAUUCAUAGAUAUGUUAUACUCAUGUGGGAGCAUCAAGGAAGGCGCAUCAACGUCCCGAAGCCUUCGACUCGAGCAAAGUUCAAUGUUAAACAAUUCAUAGAGAAGCAUAAGCUUGGUAAGCACUGA